AUGGCUGACCCUUUCGCGCCUCGCUCUAUGAAGCGCAAGAACGUCAAAGGCCUAGCCUUGACACCUGCUGCACCCAAGCCUCCACCGACUGCCGAGACCAGCAGUCACCGCGAUAAGGACGGCGGUGACCAGUCGGCACAGCUGGAGAUUGGCAUCGAGUACAAGCUGGAUCUGCGACCAGAGGACCUAGAAAUUCUGAAGGAGCUCGGUUCAGGAAACGGAGGCACCGUCAGCAAAGUCAAACAUGUUCUUACCGGAACUGUCAUGGCACGAAAGGUCAUCCACGUGGAGGCGAAGAAAGAGAUGCGCAAGCGUAUCGUGCGCGAACUUCAGAUUAUGCACGGCUGCUCAUCCGAGUAUAUCGUCAACUUCUACGGAGCCUUCCUGAACGACCACAACGACGUCAUUAUGUGUAUGGAGUACAUGGACGUUGGUGCUUUGGAUCGGGUAUCCAAGGUCUUUGGGCCUGUUCGAGUAGAUGUUCUCGGAAAGAUCGCCGUGGCUACCUUGGGAGGCUUGACCUACCUCUACUCGAAGCAUCACAUCAUGCACAGAGACAUUAAGCCAUCCAAUAUUCUAGUGAACUCUAGGGGAAGCAUCAAGCUUUGCGAUUUUGGCGUGUCUGGAGAGCUCAUUAACUCUGUUGCUGAUACGUUUGUGGGAACUUCAACGUACAUGGCACCCGAGCGAAUCCAGGGCGAGAAGUACACAGUCAAGUCAGAUGUGUGGAGUUUUGGUCUGACCAUCAUGGAAAUGGCCAUUGGAAAGUUCCCCUUCAACGCAAGCGAGCAACUUUCGGACGGCGAGUGCGCACCCGCCGGCAUUCUGGACCUUUUGCAGCAAAUUGUCCACGAGCCUGCGCCCAGGCUACCCAAGAGCGAUGCCUUCCCUUCGAUUUUGGAAGACAUGAUUCAAAAGUGCCUGUCCAAGGUUCCUGACGAGCGGCCUACUCCUCAGGAGCUCUUUGACCGUGAUCCGUUUGUCCAAGCUGCCAAGAGAACACCAGUAGACCUGAGAGAGUGGGCGGUUGGUAUGAUGGAGAGGGACAAUCGCAAGUCUCACUUGGCGCCCCAGCUUUCUCCAGCAACACGCGAUCUGCUCAACUCCAAUGAUUCCCCAACAUAUCACGGGGGUUCUGGAAACGAUCGAUCCCUGGACACGCCUACUUCAGGAGAAAUUCCUAUUGCCGGCGCUGGCAUUAUCUCUCCGAGAGAGCCCGCCAGUCACUCGAACCGCUCUCCCACUAGAAAUGGGCUCAACACAAUGAGCAGUAGACAGCCGGGUGGCCAUCCUGGGAUGGGACAGAGGAUUGUUACCACCAACUCGAUCCCCAAGGUUGGCGAGUAUCCGAAUAGUGCUGGUCCGGUGAGCGCCAAUGCUGCGUCAUUUAGCCUGCCUGUUCGCCCGGCCCCUGGCGGACCUCUACCUCCGGCCCCUCCUCGAAAGGGCACACCUGAUGAUCCGAGAAGAGAGAACCGGAGACAAGCUACCUUUGGCAUGCCUCCGGCGCCCAGAAGCUACGCAAGCGACGUGUACAACGGCACCUCCAACUAG